GCAUGCGCGUGGGGGCGCGCCGCCUCUGCCCCGCGGCGAGGGUGUCUAUGGAGAGGCGGCGGCCGCGGCUGCUGAGGCGGAGGCUGAGGCAGUCGCGAUGGCGCCUUUCCCUGAAGAAGUGGACGUCUUCACCGCCCCACACUGGCGGAUGAAGCAGUUGGUGGGGCUCUACUGCGACAAGCUGUCUAAAACCAAUUUUUCCAACAACAACGAUUUCCGUGCUCUUCUGCAGUCUUUGUAUGCUACUUUCAAGGAGUUCAAAAUGCAUGAGCAGAUUGAAAAUGAAUACAUUAUCGGUUUGCUUCAACAACGCAGCCAGACCAUUUAUAAUGUACAUUCUGACAAUAAACUCUCUGAGAUGCUUAGCCUCUUUGAAAAGGGACUGAAGAAUGUUAAGGUUUUUCAGCCCAUGUUAAUGGAAUAUUUUACCUAUGAAGAACUUAAGGAUAUUAAAAAGAAAGUGAUUGCACAACACUGCUCUCAGAAGGAUACUGCAGAACUCCUUAGAGGUCUUAGCCUGUGGAAUCAAGCUGAAGAGCGACAGAAGUUUUUUAAAUAUUCUGUGGAUGAAAAGUCAGAUAAAGAAGCAGAAGUGUCAGAACAUUCAACAGGUAUAACCCAUCUUCCUCCUGAGGUAAUGCUGUCAAUUUUCAGUUAUCUUAAUCCUCAAGAAUUGUGUCGUUGCAGUCAAGUAAGCACUAAAUGGUCUCAGCUGACAAAAACUGGAUCUCUUUGGAAACAUCUUUACCCUGUUCAUUGGGCCAGAGGUGACUGGUACAGUGGUCCUGCAACUGAACUUGAUACUGAACCUGAUGAGGAAUGGGUGAAAAAUAGGAAAGAUGAAAGUCGUGCUUUUCAUGAAUGGGAUGAAGAUGCUGACAUAGAUGAAUCUGAAGAGUCUGCAGAGGAAUCUAUUGCUAUCAGCAUUGCACAAAUGGAAAAACGUUUACUCCAUGGCUUAAUUCAUAAUAUUCUACCAUAUGUUGGUACUUCUGUAAAAACUUUAGUGUUAGCAUACAGCUCUGCAGUUUCCAGCAAAAUGGUUAGGCAGAUUUUAGAGCUUUGUCCUAACCUGGAGCAUCUGGAUCUUACCCAAACUGACAUUUCAGAUUCUGCAUUUGACAGUUGGUCUUGGCUUGGUUGCUGCCAGAGACUUCGGCAUCUGGAUCUGUCUGGUUGUGAGAAAAUCACCGAUACGGCCCUAGAGAAGAUUUCCAGAGCUCUUGGAACUCUGACAUCUCAUCAGAGUGGCUUUUUGAAAACUUCUACAAGCAAAAUUACUUCAACUAUGUGGAAAAAUAAAGACAUUACCAUGCAGUCCACCAAGCAGUAUGCCUGUUUGCACGAUUUAACUAACAAGGGCAUUGGAGAAGAAAUAGAUAAUGAACACCCCUGGACUAAGCCUGUUUCUGCUGAAAAUUUCACUUCUCCUUAUGUAUGGAUGUUAGAUGCUGAUGAUUUGGCUGAUAUUGAAGAUGCUGUAGAGUGGAGACAUAGAAAUGUCGAAAGUCUUUGUGUAAUGGAAACAGCAUCCAAUUUUAGUUGUUCCACCUCUUGUUGUUACAGUAAGGAUAUUGUUGGACUAAGGACUAGUGUCUGUUGGCAGCAGCAUUGUGCUUCUCCAGCCUUUGCAUAUUGUGGUCAUUCAUUUUGUUGUACAGGAACAGCUUUAAGAACUAUGUCAGCACUCCCAGAGUCUUCCGCAAUGUGCGGAAAAGCAUCAAGGACUAGACUGCCUAGGGGAAAAGACUUAAUUUACUUUGGGAGUGAAAAAUCUGAUCAAGAGACUGGACGUGUACUUCUGUUUCUCAGUCUGUCUGGAUGUUACCAGAUCACAGACCAUGGUCUCAGGGUUUUGACUCUGGGAGGAGGGCUGCCUUAUUUGGAGCACCUUAAUCUCUCUGGUUGUCUUACUGUAACUGGUGCAGGCCUGCAGGAUUUGGUUUCAGCCUGUCCUUCUCUAAAUGAUGAAUACUUUUACUACUGUGACAACAUUAACGGUCCUCAUGCUGAUACCGCCAGUGGAUGCCAGAAUUUGCAGUGUGGUUUUCGAGCCUGCUGCCGCUCUGGCGAAUGACCCUUGACUUCUGACCUUUGUCUACUUCAUUUAGCUGAGCAGGCUUCCUUUCAUGCACUUUACUUAUAGCACAUUUCUUGUGUUAACCAUCCCUUUUUGAGUGUGACUUGUUUUGGCCCCAUUUCUUACAACCUCAGAAAUCUUAAUUUACCAGUGAAUUGUACAAUGUUGUUUCUCUUGCAAAUUAUAUUUUUGUUUUAGAAAGGGAUUAGGUGUUUUCAUAAGGGUGAGAACAGUCUUAUCAGAUUUCUUUUAAAUGAAAUGCUUUGAAAAGAAUGUUGCUAAUGCCAUAUCAUUUAAAGUAUUUUAUAGAUUAUUUUGAGUUUUAAAGUCAUUGGGGGUUAUUGGUUCUCUUUAUAUAUAUAAACACUGUAUUAAGCUUUGCAGUUCUUUUCAGAUAUAUAAUUCUGAAGGUUUAUUUUCAAAGACUGCGCAUUUUGAAAACUAAUCUCUUUUCCAUAAUGUUUCUUUUAUUUGAUCCAUUCUCAGAGGGCCAAUUCAAACAUACCCACAUAAAAGAUUCUUUAAGAUUAUAGAGUAAAUUGGCUUAUUGGUGUUAGCUCAGUGAGCUAGCAAAGCACCAAUCUAUUUGUAUUUGCUUUCUUCAAAGACCCUGUGUUCUCACCACUGUCCCUAAAUUGUCAAAUUUCGGAGGGAUUUUUAAAAAUUCCACAAUUAUUUGAAGAAAUGUAUAAAUAAAAUCUACUUUGAGGACUUUACCAAGUAA